AUGGUAGGUGGAGGCAUCCUGAAGGUUGGUGGAAGAGGCUGGCAGGUGGAGGGUCAGGGUAAGACCAGCUCUGCCACACUGCCACUCACCUACCAAUGUUGUGAGGAGCAACUCAAGAUCGACAAGAGAACCACUUGCUUCAUGCUGCCCAUCGGGACCAACAUCAACAUGGACGGAACUGUUCUUUAUGAAGUGGUGGCAGUAGUUUUCAUCGCCCAGCUGAACCACAUCGACCUCAACUUCGGAGAGAUAAUUACCCUUUGUUUGACAGCAGCAGUGUCCAGCAUAGGAGCAGCAGGGACGCCAGUUGGAGCAGCGACUACUCUCUUUGUUUUGACGGCGGUUGGUCUACCUGCGAAGGAAGCCUCUAUUCUCGUGAUUGUAGAAUGGAUCCUGUACGUAAAAUCUGUUGUUCAGGAAUAA